CCAGAGCCUCAUUCCUCGUCCAACCUUCAAGCCGAUCAGUCGGCCCUAGUCGCGAGUGAAGUGCGCGCUUCGCCUGCGAGAUAUUUGGGGACUUGGAAAGUAAACCAGUGCCAUCAUGAAGUACGUGACGAAACGCCAACGCAAGCGCAAGAAGAACAAAGGUGACAUAUUCCAGCGCCCGGGCCACCCAACAGAUGCUCCCGGAAUGGGAUCGGAACUGGAGAAUCCGGACGAGCGUGUGAGUGCUGAGGAGAUUGAGGAGGAGAAGGACCAGGCUACCAAUUUGCCUGCAAACUUUUUAGCUCCCGAGCUCAUAUCCACUCGUCAUCCUUUGAAAUCGAAGAAAUUUUUGGGCAGGUCGCUGGCGCUACAUCCACCCGGUGUCCGGCGUCCUCACAACAGUGUCCCAGUACACAGCAUCCGAAGCUUCAGCACCAGCUCCAGCUCCAUUGGCAGCACCAGCAGCUGCUACUCGGGACAGACCACAGAGAAGUUGGUGGCGGAGAAGGAGCUCUUCGACCACUACUGCCACCACAGCAGUCCGCUCACACUGGGCAGUUUUAUGGACCUGGGAGGAUUCCAGAACGGUGCCCGAGGUCGUCGCAAAACCCAGUCCGAGACAAAGGAGCGCUCCAAGUCCAGGACCAAAAAGAAGGUGGUGGAGAUCGUACAGGAGUCGUACUCAGUGCCGUCGAUUAGUUCGGUGACGCCAUCGCCGCCAUCCACCAGUUCGGUGGCCAAUUCCAUCAACUCGUACUCAAGUCGUCGCAGCUCCCUGUUGGAGGAGCCAAUUGGAGAAGUCAUGGUCCAGACCUCCGGUGCAGGUCCCUCGAAUCAUCAUCCAGUCAACGGGCACGAUUCGCCCAAGCUCACCACCACCACCACCAUCCAGAUCUCGCCCUACCCCCGUGCUAGUCAUUCGCGCGACAAUUCGCCCAGCAUUGUCGUGGAUCUCGGCCCACUGAUGCCCAUUACCGGUGCCAGCCGGGAGGCGGAGGGGGCUGUCGGCGGUGGUGACGCCGCCGCCGCCGCCGCCAUUGGUGCCAGCCGGAGCCAGCAAACUGGGUUUCCACCACCGGAAUUCUGGCAGAAUCCUCUCCAGCUGAGCUUCCUGGACAACGGGGAGUCGCAGGACAACAGUCCGCCGAAUGCCAAGUACGAGGAUAACGACGAAGAGGUCGCCCCCGAUGACAAGAAGCUGAAGCCGAUUGGGUACGAGGCCAGGAUGCAACGGCUGAGGAACGGCGGACCCAAUGCUCGGGAGAGGGCGGCGGAGAAGGCCAGGAUCACCUUCGGCACCACCGAGUGGCUGUGGAACUCGGCCUCGGACGCCCCCCACCUGAGCAUUGUGGAGAGCAUCCGGAACAUCACUAGUCGGGCCCCGUUCGCCCAGGACACCAGUCGGGACUAUCCCGGCCACUGGCUGCCGAGCAUCUGGAGCGUGGAUCAGGCGGUGGUGCGCCGCUGCAUGGGCGGGCGCAUCUCAAACUGGCCCUCGACCUUCCGCAACCUGAUUCCGCCCCAGCAGUUGAGUCGCUACAACGCCCAACAGAACCAGAACCUGGGCUUGAACCUGCCGCCGAGUAGCCAGGCCGCCACCGCUUCCGACAACUGGUGCCCGUUCCUGGCCGGGAACUUCGACAACGAGAGGAGUCUAUCCCUGGUGCCCAGCAAUCCGGUGCCGUCCACCCAGAAUUUCAGAAACAACCAAUUGGCUCUCCCGCCGCCUCAGCAACUGCAGCAGCCGCCACCUCGAGCUCAACCGCAGCAACAGCAGCUGCAACAUGUGUCGCAGCCUCCGCAGAUGCAACAGUUGCAACAUCUAGCCCAAGCACAGCAGCAACAUCUUACUCCGUUGCAGCAGCAGCAGCAGCAGCAGCAGCAGCAGAAUCUUGCGCUGCAGCAGAAGCAUCUAGGUCAGCCGCAGCAGCAACAUCUUCAACCAUAUCAGGGCCAGCAGCAGCAGUUGCAAUUCCAGCAGCAACUUCAGCCUCCUUCGCAGCUGCAACAGCAACUCCAGGCCCAGUCACAGUUGCAGCAGCAACUUAAUCAACAGCCGCAGCAGAACAAUUACAUUUGGCCACCGAAUUCUCGUCAGCCAGCCGUAGGUUCGAACGCGCAGCAGCAACAGUAUCUUCAGGCGGCUAACUUGCAGCAGCAACAUCUUCAGAACAACUCGCAGCAGCAGAAGCAACAGCAGCAGCAGCAACAGCAGCAGCAGCAGCAGUUGCAGCAGCAGCAAUUACAACAACAGAAGUUACAACAGCAGCAGUUACAACAGCAGAUGCAGCAGCAACAACUACAACAACAGCAGUUGCAACAACAGAAGUUGCAACAGCAGCAGCUGCAGCAGCAACAGCUACAACAACAGCAAAUGCAACAACAAUUGCAACAACAGCAACUGCAGCAACAACAGCUACAACAACAGCAGCUACAACAACAGAAGUUGCAACAGCAGCAGUUGCAACAGCAGCAGUUGCAACAACAGCAUCUGCAGCGUCCGAACAACAACUUGCAGCCGCAGCAGCUGAAUCAUAACUUUUCGCAGCAAAAUCACAACCAGCAGCAGCAGCAGCAGCAUCUGCAGCAGGACCGCCAGUUGCCACAGGCAGCCUCCGCCCAGCCGCACUCCAAUCAGCCGCCGCACAGCCGCUUCCACCGCAAGUCGAACAACUUCACCGGAUGGAACAACUGGAUGGACGCCUGCCACCUGUGGCACGUGGAGGUCUUCCCGAACAACCUCUCCCAGGAGGACCUGGACGCUCUCCAGAUGUAUGCCAUCUACGGCGAGCUCUUCUUCGACAUGCCCAUGGGCAAGCGGUACAAGGACACCCUAGAUCCUACCGAUACUGCUGCUCAGCCUGGCACUGGCCACCAAAACUCCACUUCCACCCAGAAUCAGUCCACUUUGCGCCUCAAGCUGAAGCUCCAGCAGCCGAAGGGCAAGUUCUCCACUGCCGCUUUCCGUCUGGCUGGGAUUGAUCCUCCAGCUGGAGCUCAAACUUCUACUUCGAAUGGCAGCUUCUCCGGGAAUUCUCAGGUGCUGCGUCUGCGUAACAAUGAGAAAAAGAACAACUCUGAAAAAUCAAACGAGUCUGGAGCCACAGGGUAUUCGCAUCCUGGCGCCAAUAACGCCGGAAGGGGAGGUGCCUCCGGAUCUGGCGCCUCAAGUGGCAUCAAUGGCGGAGCAACUGGCUCUUCCAGCGGUUCAGGAGGUAAUGCCGAGUCCCCGGCCAAGGAGGACUUCAAGCUCAACAAGGCCAACUUCCCGCCACUGCCGGCGCCAAACCAGAAGCGCAAGGACUAAGCCAAAAAGGACUAAUUCAUAUUGAAUAUUCAGGAAGAUAAAUACAAAAUUUAAGGCAACAGCUUUAGCUUUAAAUUGAAGUUAAAGUUUAAAGUUAAAAAAAAAAAACAAGAAAGAUAAAAGAUAAUUUAUUUAAAAGAGGCAAGUAAGAAGAAACAUCUACAAUUUAAUCAAAAAUCAAAAAUAUUUAAACUAAAAAUAGAGGUAGAUGUAGAAAAUGAUCCAUAAUACUUUGUGCCUUUAAAUCUUAAACUCUCUUACUUAAAAUCCUUUAAAAUCCUUUACUUUAAAGGAAAAAUCUGAAAAACAAAACUACACGUUUCUCUAACUUUCUAUACUUUUUUUUUUAAACUUUGAUGCAAAAUCCAAAACCCACAACAAAAACACAAUUUAUGCUUUUCAAAAUCUCAAAUUUGAAAGAUCUAAACACGCAAAUCACAAAACUCAUUCCUAAAAAUUGUUGUAACCAUUUUUAUGGAAAAAACAAACAAAAUGUUCAAUUUUUUUUAUCCAUCUACUCUAAUGGAGAAAUAGAAAUGAAAGAAUUUCAAAGGAAAAACUACAUAAAAAAAGUAUUUAUCUAUUCCUCUUAAACAAAAACUAUAUUCUUACACUUUUCAAUCAAAAAUAUUUAUCAAACAUAUUUAUUCAGAGAAUCUAAAGCGCAUUUUAAAAUUACUUUCAUUUCAUUAAAAAACAAAAUUUGCAAACAAAAUGUAACAAGUUUCAGAAAAAAAAACAUUUGUAAAGAUCUUCAAAUUUUACUGAACAAUUUUUGUGACAAUUUUUGUAUAAUUUUUUUUUCUUUGUAAACCGAAGACUUCAUAGAAUAAAGCGCAGUUCAUUUUAACAAAAUUAUCAUCAA